AUGUUGGGCAAAACAUGGUUUUUAGUUUUGUUUUUUCUGGUGGAAAAGUGGAGAGCUAAUGCAGGAGGAAGCCUUCUUCCUGAAGGUCUGACUGACCUUGUGAUAUUUUGUACAAGUGACUUCACCACUGUUUCCAAGAAGGUUUACGUCAGAACUCGUAGACUGAAGUUUGUAGGUCUUGAGAAUAUGUGGAAUCCAGUUUAUGCUCAUGUAAUUGGUGAUGUUGUUGGUAAAUUGAGAGAAAAUUUUGUGAACCAAGGGGUUGAUGAUGUUGUUCUCGAUCAUCGUCAAGAGCAGUGGGAGUUAAAACUGAUGACGCAACCAGAGGUUAUACCACUUCAACCUGACGGUAAACCUGAUCAUAGAGCUCCUGCUGUUGUUCCAGCACCCUCUGUAUAUGAAGCCAGUACUAGUGGUGCUAAUUACGUGCAAGAACAAUAUCCUGCGACAAAUCAGAGGCCGUCUCUUGGUGUUGAUCUCAAUGUUGCUGCAUAUGAGGAUUCCAUAAUGCCUCCAGGGAAAAGGCCAAAGCAGCUUGAUUCUCCGCAGCAAGAUGGCUCUUCGGAUCCUGUUAACAACCUCAACCUAGGAAAUCCAGAAGGAGAAGAAGAUUAUGAGCCAGAUUUGAAUGAAGAUGAUGAUCUUCUGGACCAGGAAGAAGAGGAUGAAGAGAGAAACAUAAAUCAGUUGAUAUUGGCACAAUAUGUAAAAAAGGUAGAUACACCCAAGAGCAGCAAUAAAUGGAGAUUCAAGUGUACUCUCAAGGACGGCAUACUCCAGUUUAACGGAAGAGAUAUCCUGUUCUCCGAGGCGAAAGGAGAUUUUGAUUAUUGA